GCGCAGUCGCUUUGGAGAAUCACGCCUUGUCAAGAGAACCGGGAAGUGUUUGCAGGGCUGUGCUUUCUCCGCUGCCGCAGGAUGCCGGAGCCUAUUUUCUCCAACUGUGGGUUCUUCCUGAAACUGAGAAAAAUAACCGUUAAGGGGAAGAAUAAGCUGAAGAACUGCAUUAAAGAAAAUGGCGGGCAGAUAACAUUUGCAAUAAAUGAUAAGUGCACUCAUGUUGUCACCGAUGAUGCUGACGUGCUCAGUCCUGUCCACCUGAAAACCAUCCAGAAGAAGCAGCUUCCCAUUGUAGAUGUUGAUUUCAUUUGGGAUUCAGUUAAAGAAAACAGACUUUUACCGCUUUUUAGCUGCGAGACCACCAAGACAUUGGAAAGUACACCUGAUGUGAAGAUUGUCUCAGUUUGUGAGGAUGACAGUCAGAAGACAAAGGACUGUGAUAAAAAUGGCCCAUCCUACAAGAGCGAUCCCAUUGACAGCAGCAGCACAGAUGAACUGAGAUCGCGGUCAAAUAAUGAUGAAAAUAUUCUUUAUUUUCCUGAAGACUUUGAGGUUGCUAAGUAUGACAUCCUUGAAAAGAUUUCAGCACGUGGUGAAUACGCUGUUAUUGAACUUCAGUGUGCUUUACAGCAUUGUGAUUAUCCUUUCAGCAUAUGCACACAUUAUAGCGUGUUGGGUGGAGUCAAGGAUCAAAAACGAUUCACACCAACGAAGACUUCUGAGGAGGCCCGAAAAGCCUACGAGCUUUGGACUAAAGAACUGAAGAAAGCAGAUUUUGAAUUAAGACAUGAUUUUCCACGUGAAGCAGAACAUUUAGCUUCAACAAAAUUACAAGAGAUGCUUGUAGUAGAAGCCAUCAGUUGCAGCACCUUGUCUGAAGAAGUUGGUGUAUUUGUGGAACUGAUCUGGGCAGAAGCACUUGGGCUGUUGAACCACCUGUUACUUAAACCAGUAACCACCAUCAGCCUGAAUGAUGUGAGCAAAGCAGAAGGCAUCCUGCUUCAGGCCAGGAAGGCACUGGAUGAAGGGAAAUCUCGAGGAGAGCUGACCAAAGUGAUAGCGGAGUUUUACAAAAUAAUACCUCAUAAAAGUGGGUUAGACUAUAAUGUUUGCAAAAAGCUGUUGUCCAACAAGCAGGAUCUCUGCCAGCUAAUCAGAGACAUGCUGAAUGUACAUGAAAUAAAUAUGUCAAGUCCUAACCUGCCAUCCCUUUCCAAGUACCGGGCUUUGGGGUGCAAGGUAGAUCCUCUGGAUGGAAAUAGCGAUGAGUUUAAUAAAGUUAAACAGCAAGUUAUCCAAAAUAACUUCAGUGAAAGUCCCAUAGAAGUUUUGCAGAUAUAUAACGUCAGCAGAAGAACGGAAACAGCUGCCUUUGAGAGUGCUCUUGGCAACGUUCAGCCCCUGCUCCAUGCUUCGUCUCCAUGCAAUUUUGUUGGCAUUCUGUCUCGGGGCCUCCUCUUGCCAAAGAUGGUCGUUGAAGAACAUGGCAUCCAAAGAACGGAUUCUGGGAACCUGGGUUGUGGCAUUUAUUUCAGUAAUUCCAUAAGUACAAGCAUCAAGUACUCUCAGCCUAAUAAAACAGAUGGAACUCGGUUGCUAGUGAUUUGUGAUGUAGCACUUGGAGCUUGUUUGGAUACUUAUCAGAAGGAUAUUUCAUUAACUGCUGCCCCACCAGGCUAUGACAGCGUGCACGGAAUCCGCAAGGCAAAAGACAACAAUUCAGCUUUCCAGGAUGAUGAGUUUGUGGUAUACAGACCAAGUCAGAUCAAAAUUAAAUAUGUGGUUAAGUUUUGCCUCGCUGAUGAUGAAGUGAAGGAAUUCCAUCCCACAAUUCAGGCUGAGUUGGAAGAUCAGGCUGCUGUCCCAGAGCUUCAAUCACAUCCUGAGGAUUAUGAGCUACCACACAAAAAUAUGCUGGAUGAAAUGGCUGCCGGUCUUUUGGACCAAUCUGGAAAUCCGAUUCCUCUAAAAGAUAUUCAUAUCAAGGGGAAAAUAAUAGACUUUGUAGCACAGGUUGUAGUAUUUCAAACAUAUGAAAAUACAUCUGACAAACCCAUUGAAGCCAAAUAUGUCUUUCCAUUGGAUGACACAGCUGCUGUGUGUGGAUUUGAGGCUUUCAUCAAAGGGAAACAUAUAAUAGGCGAGGUGAAAGAAAAAGAAAAAGCUCACUUGGAAUACAGAGAAGCUGUCAUUCGAGGCGAUGGAGCUUAUUUAAUGGAUCAGGAUGCACCUGACAUUUUUACUGUUUCUGUUGGAAACCUGCCACCUUCAACCAAGGUCCUUAUCAAAAUCACCUACAUUACGGAGCUGAAUUAUGGGAAUCGCAGUCUUUUAUUUCACCUGCCAGCAGCUGUAGCUCCUUGGCAACAAGACAAAGCAUUAAAUGAAAAUACACAGGACACAAUAAAGAAAGUCGCUGUUAAGCAAAUUGGAACAAAAACGGGUGGUUUCUCUUUGGAGAUGUCUGUUGAAAUGCCCUUUAAGAUCAAUGGCAUUAGCAGCUGGACACAUAAGCUUGAAAUAAAGAAAACAGACUGUAAAGCUGUUAUCCGUACUGUGGAAGACAGUUCCUUGGAUGUCAGUGGGUUUGCGAUGGAAGUCACAAUUGGCGAUGUCUAUUUGCCCAGAAUGUGGGUAGAGAAGCAUCCAGACAAAGAGACUGAGGCCUGCAUGCUGGUAUUUCAGCCAGAGUUUACUGCACCGUACGACCCUUCAAGCCCCUGUGGAGAAACGGUCAUCUGCCUGGACUGCUCCAAUUCCAUGGCAGGCUCUGAAAUCCAGCAAGCCAAGCAGAUUGCAUUACGUGCUCUGCAAUCAUGCUGUUCGCCAUUGAGUGUUAUAAAAUUUGGUACAAAUUUUGAACAAUUUCCUUUCAAUCCUGGACACGGCAUGAUGGAUUUCACUUCCAUCAAGGAGUUUAUUUUAUCUGCUACCCCUUCAAUGGGAAAUUCUGACUUUUGGAAGGCUUUGCAUUACCUGAGUUUGCUGUAUCCCAAAGGCAAACGCAACAUUCUUCUGAUAUCUGAUGGACACCUUCAGAACGAAGGCAUGACCUUGCAGAUAGUAAAGCAAAAUGCUCAUCACACCAGAAUAUUCACAUGUGGAGUUGGCUCCGCAGCAAACCGCCACAUGCUGAGAUCUUUGUCCCAGUAUGGAGCUGGAGCCUUUGAAUAUUUUGAUGUGAAAUCAAAGUAUAACUGGGAGAGAAAGAUACAAUGUCAGGCCACUCGAAUGGCUUCCCCAGCAUGCAGUGCUGUUUCCAUUAAAUGGCAGCAAUUUGACACAAAUGCACCUGAGCUAACAUAUGCUCCUACUCAGAUACAGUCUCUGUUUGAUAAUGAGCGACUACUGGUCUAUGGGUUUAUCUCUCAUUGCACUCAGGCCACCUUAAAUGCACUAAUAGAUAACCAAGAAUUUCAGACAAUGGUAUCUACAACAGAACUUCAGAAGACAACAGGAACUAUGCUCCACAAACUUGCAGCAAGAGCCUUCAUUAGGGAUUAUGAACAAGGGAUUCUUCAUGAGAACGAAGCAGAACAUGAAAUGAAGAAACAACACUUGAAAUCUCUGAUCAUUAAACUCAGUCUGGAGAAUUCCAUGGUGACUCAAUUUACAAGUUUUGUGGCAAUUGAGAAGAGGGAUGUGAAUGAAGACCAAGGUGCUGAUACUCUGAAUGUUUCUGAAAUUGUAGCCAAGGAGGAUGUAGAUAUCUUGCCCUACGUACAGUAUCAACCAGCAGAUGAAGAUAUCAAUGUUGAAAAUAUUAUGGCAUUUAGUUGUCAAGCUCUAUGUAUGGAUGAAGAUGAAGAUGAAGAUGAAGAUGAAGAUGAAGAUGAAGAAACUACACGUUCGCCAUCUAGACUUCUCAGUUUUGAUGAACAGGAAUAUGAGUCUCUUGGUGACCUUAAGUGCCAGUCUGCUGCCAGGAAGGUUGAAUCUGAUGGAUGGAUGGGGUCAGAAACUAGAGGGCUGUCUUUGGACCUCCUCCAGCAAUCUCGGUCAUUUCAUUCUCCUGCUGCUGCUCCUACAUCCUGGGAAAUUAUUGGACCAUCCUUAUUUUUAUCUGAUGAGCCAUUGUUAUCACAGUCAGCCAUCUCAAGCGAUUCUGGUUUUACUUUUGGUUCUCAAGGUGCUAGAUCAACAGUCCCCAAAUUCUCUGGGCAGGGGAUAAAUUUGGAAGGUGGACAUCCUGCACCUUUGGGGGGCCACAGCCUAUUUUCGUCUAGUCAGCCGUUUUCAUUGCCACCGACAGGCACAGGCUUAUUUGGUUCUGCUUCGGGAGGCCACCCUAACAUCUGUCAACCACGGUUUGGUUUGCAAAUGGGUCCUCCUGUUCCUUUGCUAAGAAAUGAGGGCCCAUUACCUUCUGAACGCCCGUUUUUAUUGGCACAAGAUUCCACUAGCUCUCCUGCUCCUCUUUUACCAAGUUUGGUUCCCUGCUUUGGGGCAGCGAUGAAAAAGAAAGGUAUACCUCCUGCUCCUGUGCACUCAUCACUACCUGGCCUGCAACUGCAAUCAUUGUCGCUUGCCAUUCCUUCUGCACCUGCAGCUUCUCAACCAGUUGCCCGAUUUGCACCUCAGUCAGAGAUAUUCACGUCAGCUGACUAUUGCCUGGGUUUGCCACUUGUACCUCCAGCCAAUUCAUCUGCAAAGAAACAUCCUGUUUUUUCCCUAAUGAGUCCUUUAUCAGCAAGGACAUGUGAAAAAUCGCUGCUUGAAAAAAAAUCAGAAGAGACUCCACAGGUGUUGGGCUGGAGUCGACCAGUUCGCAGUCAAUUUAUGCGUUCAAGGAAGAAGAAGUCUGCAAAAGAAGUCUGCCCGAUGCCUCCUGUGCAAAAACCAUUGAGCGCUGUGUCCUGGCCUCAGCUCUUCAAGCUGCAGAAUCAGGAGGGUUACUGGCAGCUCACUCCUGAACUUGGGACGCUUUUAGAUCUUGAUGUGGAUCAUUUAGUCAACGUCUCGCUAACGAAAAAGGGCAUUCAGUCUCUUGGUCCCAAGGGGAAAGAGAAGCUGUUGCAGUUGAUUGCUACACUUCUGGUACUGCAGGUUAUACGAUUCAAGCAGCUGGAAGGCAUCACUUUCAAAUCUCUGAUGAAAUUGAAUGACUGUCCCCCAUCACGGGCAUUUGAAGCAGUGAAGAAGGCUGUUGACUGGGCGAAAAUAACUCAUCGACAAUUCCCUGCUAUCUGCCAGCGUCUCGAACUUGGAAAAGACUGGGACUCUGCCACUAAGCAGCUGUUGCACAUUAAAAUAAUGGGAACCUCUUCCUCCUUGUCACCAGUAAAUAAAACAAGGGCUUUCCUCAACACAUGAUCCAGCCCUGCAUCCAUGGGAUUUGCCUGUGAAGGAAAGAUCUAAUAGUAUGUUUCUUUGACUGCAAUCAUUAAACAAUCUUAACUGAUUAUGCUUUUCCUAUCAGCUUUGACUUCUUGGAGUGUAACCACGAAUAUAGAAAUACAUUAUUGCUGCUGAUUCCUACUGUGUAACACACUUCUGGUAUUUAGAUUGAUCUUUGGUCUUUCGGGAAACUGAACUGUGUGUUCUCCUUUACCAGGAGAAUAUACCAUUACCACACAUUCAGUUGGUAUUGUAAUGACAUUUAAUUACUGUAGGCCAGGAGUCAAGAUUCAAGAUUCUUGAAUAUUUUUUUCUUUUUAAAAUCAUGACAGACAAUCAUUGCAUUACAUAAAAGACAUAACACAGCAUUCAAAGUUUUAGGAACUUAAGAAUUCUGGGUAUUGCUUCUAUUAGGAACAUGUCUUAUUCCAGAAUCUUAAAACACACCAGUGGGUCCCCAGAAGUUAGCAGUACAACACCAAGCAUGAUAUUCCUGGCUUUGGUUGGGCUCACCUGUUUUCUUCUAAUGCAUUAUUUGCCCUUUGGUUCCAGCAAAAAAAAAAUCAUUGUUAAAACCUAGACAAAGACGAUUGAUCUUUUUAGUCAUCAAACUUGGUUCUUGGUCUCAAUCAAGACCAAGAACAUUCUAAUUUUACUACUUCACUAAUUUCCCUAAUCCCUUAUUAUUGCUUUAUCUAAAUUGUUCUUUCUAAUAAAUUGUGUUUAAGAGUGUUUAACCAGUAGCAGCUGUUCUUGCUUUAUCACACAGAAUUCAUAAAAAUUAAUGCUAUCUUAACUGCUUUUGUUCCAGUUCAUUAUGAACAUUAUCCUUUUCUCAAUACUAGAGUGGUUUCUCAAAAAAAAAGUCAAUUUUGAUUUAAGGGUCAUAAAUGGCUAUUAACCUUGGUGACUGAAGGGAACUUCCAUAUUGAGACAAUAAACCUCUGAAUACCAAAUGCUAGAAGAUAAUAUUGGAGGAAGGCCUCAGCCUCUAUGGCCUGUUGUUGACUUUAAUAAAUGGUUGGCCACUUGCGUGUGGCAGGAUGCUGGACUAGAUGGAUUGCUGGUUUGAUCCAACGGGACUCUUUGUAUGUUCUUAAAACUUGUGAAAGACAUUCUUAGGCUUGUAACUGAAAUUAAUUGUAUUGAAUUAUUUUCUGCCAUGAGCUUAAAGGUUUAAAAUAAAAUAGGAAAAGUAUC